UUUAUUUAUUCGUUUAUUCCUGCUGUUCUUCGUCUCCGUCAUAUAAAUCUGUUCCAGAUCGACCCCCUUGGCCUCCCACCUCUUCUUCCCUCGCCUCGUUAUACUGCUGAGAUUUUCACCGUCUUCUUUUGUCGCGAGUAGGGUGCUGGCAGCAAAGGCGUUGCAAUCGCGCAACUCGAAGGGAUCGGAGCAAAACAUGAAUCACUGCGUGAUGCAACAGGCGAACGCCUUUGCUGCUUGCGAAGAGAUCGGGGCCGCCUUCGCUGUCGCCGAGCGCAGGACCCCGGUGUUCUGCCCCAAGCCUCGGCGGCUCAGUACGUUCGCCGCCGUCGCUGAUCCCGAACGGCCUCUUCGGUGGCGCUCGAGUCAUCAAAUGGAUUUCUCCGAUUCGAAGGCUGGAGCAGAUCUCCUUGAGAUAUUUCAAUCAAAGGGUGGAGAACAGAAUCAAAUAGCUUCUUCGCCGCCCUUCUUCUGUGGCUCGCCUCCGAUCCGCGCGUCGAACCCCGUCGUCCACGACGCCCGCUUCGGCGAUGACCGCCCGCCGGCGCCCUUCGCCUCCUCACCUCAAACCCAACCCGGCCCGUCGAUGCCCCCCAAGCAUGGCUUCGCCCUCGCCAAGUUCGGCCUGGUGCCGGCGGCUGUUCGCGUGGAGGGCUUUGACUGCCUCAACCGCAGCCGCCGGAGCUGUAGCAGCAUCACCGCCGUGGCUUAGAAAAAUCCUCACCCCAUCUCUUUUUGAAGCUCUGCGCCACCAAAUCACACCAACCGAUCAAAACCCCAAAAAAUUAGGCUCUCAGCAAUAGCAACCACACAAAAUCACCAGAAUUUUUGAAGUCAGUAAUAGGAGCUCUGAGGUAUUCUGCAAAACUCCAUUUUUCCAGCACCAAUCUUUCCGUUCGUAACGGAAAGCUCUUAUGUACAUACAAAAUAUGAGCGAGAGAAGCAGACGAUGCAACAUCCACCUUUUGUUUUCAGUUUCAGAACGAUUCUUGUAAAAAUAAAAUAAAAUCCUAGCUUUGUCCCAGAACUGUGUAAAUAUUCACCAUGUAUAAAGAGGAAAAACAAAUAUAUGCUUGAAUUGUGUUCUCUAAA